AUGAGUUCUCUUUUCCCUUAGUCAAGAAAGUAUCAUUCUGUUAUUGCUUUCUAGUAUUAGUAGUAGUUUAAAACUCAUCUAAAUCAUUGGUUGCACUUAGAUUAAGUGAGUACUUGCAUUCUCAGUGCUUUGAUAUCCCUCAGAACUGGUUCGACAAUCUUUUAUACUACAACAUUUGUCUUAGGAGCCUUGAAAACUCCUAACAUCAGCCUUUGAAACGGGUUCGGUUCCGAGGUGAACCAGCAUCCUUGAUAUGUCAUCUAACUUAUUCCUUCCAACUGUGUCUGUUCUUGUGUACCCGAUACACCCAAAGACCCGAAGAUGUCCAAGAUUAGGUUUUCUUUCUCGCAAAACUUCGUAUGGAGUUUGUGUAGGAGCUAGUGACCUCGUUGCUACUCUAUUAAUUAUAUAGGUAACAUGCCUUACAGCUUCUGAGGAUAGAUAGUUUGGCAUACUCAUAUGUUUUAGAAUGCUUCUAGUCAUCUCUAGCAAUGGUUUACUGCAUCUCUCAACUACUUCGUUUUGCUGUGGCGAAUAUGGUGCAGUAAAAUGUCUCUUAAUACCAUUUUUCUCACAGAAACGAUGAAACUCAUUAGAUGUGAACUCUCCUCCUCUGUCUGUCCGGAAUGUUUUAAUACUAGCUCUUGUUUCUUGCUCAGUUUGCGCCUUGGAUAUCUUGAACUUGUCAAACGCUUCAUUCUUUUCCUAUAAUAAGAUAGUCCACAUGUAGCGAGAGUAAUCAUCAAUGAUUACAAACACAUAUCUAUUUUGUGCUAGUGAAGAAGAUGUGAACGGUCCGCAAAGGUCUCCAUGUACUAACUCACGAGGUUGUGUGGCUUGGUAUGUGCUUGUUUGAGGAAAUCUUUGUCGUGUUUUUUUCCUCGUAGACAAGAUGCAAAAGUUUCUUUCUCCAUUGUCAUUUUCGGUAAGCCAACUACUGGUUUAUUGUUAGCCAUUAACUUCAUGGUCUCGACAUUAACGUGUCCCAAUCAUGAAUGCCAUUUAUUUUCCUCGUUUGAACCUAUCAGUUGUAAGCACUUGAUCCUCUCCACUUCUAUGAUCCCCCUAUAUAAUUGAUUCUUGGAUCUAUUUGUCUUCACUACUAGGUAUCCGUUUCGAUCCUAUAAAAUUUGAUGAUCAUUCUUCAUAUGAACCUCACACCCUGCUUCCCUGACUUGUCUCAAACUUAUGAUAUUGCUUUUUAAGCUUGGAAUAAAGUACACAUUGUUAAGGACUUUUCUAUCGCCAUUUUUGAGUAAGAAACGUACUGAGCCUUUUCCUUUUAUUUCUAUAUGUAUGUCAUCGCCAAAUUUCACCAUUCCCUUAAUUGUUUCAUCAAGAUCGAAGAAAAAUAGACGAUAUCCACUCAUAUGGUUGCUGGCUCUGUUGUCAAGAUACCACAAGUAGGUUGAGUCUUGAUCAAUAUCAAACGAGCUUGUCUUUACCUUCUGCCCAUUUAAGUAUACAAUUUCAUGCAGCACCAGAUUGUCAGCCUCUUGUGUAUCAUCAUCCUUCUUCUCUACCGUUUCUUGAAAUUUAAGUAACUUGCCAGGACAGUUCGACAUAUAAUGCCUUAGCUUAUCACACCGAUAACAUGUCACUUUAGAAUCGUCUUGAUCUUGUCUGUACCACGAUCCAUAACAACCACGACCUCUACCUCUCUUAUACAAUCGGGCACGUUGUCCUCUUUCUCUUCCUCUGUUUCCUCCAUAGCGUAAAAUCUGUGUUUGCAUACAUGAGCUUUCGUUGAUCAUCAGGUUCUUCUUCACCAUUUUUUUCUCAUAUGCUUUUAAUCUCUCAACAAUAUCCUCAAAACUGGUAAUAUUAAGGCCAAGGACUGCUCAAGUGCUACAAUAAUAUGUAUGUAUUUUUUUAACAAGUUUUGGUUCAUCAAUGAUUUCACCAAAUGCAAUUGAUUUCAAUGAGAUUUCUGAAAGCUUUCCCACAAACAUAUCAAUCGUAUCAAACUCUUUCAUCUUGAUCAUAUCAAAUUCAGCCAUCAAAGUUUGCAGUCUUGCCGCCUUUACCCUAUCAGCUCCAACGUGCAUUGCUUUUGUGGCUUCCCACACAGCUUUUGCGGUAUCAAGAUCUCCAAGUUGUAAAAUUAAAGCUUUAGGUAUAGAUUGGAACAAUAAGGCAAUCGCCAUGUUGCUCUUGUUCUCGUCUUUAGUUCCAAGUUCUAUAGCUUCUCAUACCUUGUUUACCUUGAGUGCAACUUUCAUGCGUAUGACCUAUACUGUGUAAUUAGCAUAAUCUAGCAUGAGACACUUGAUAGAAGAUGGUCCGAUCUCCUUUGGUUUGGUUAUACCUUCAUCUUUCUUGUCGUCACUCAUGAUGUAUUGGUUAUCACGAUCCUUCUCUUUUUCUUGAACCUGGCUCUGAUAUCAAAUAUUAAAUCUCGAUCUUAAGAACAAAGUUAAGAACUCACUAAUAAAAAUAACCUUCUUAUUAAUCUCCUAAGAAAACUCAUUUAAAACUUUAAGUUCUCAAUCACUCAUAAACACUUAUGUUAUGUUGCAUCUCCAUAUAUAUAAAAUAUAAAUCCUAAAACCACUUGACACAUCUAUAUAAUUAAUGUUUAGAUAACUCUUAAACAUUAUAAACUUUCCUAUUUCCUAAUCCAUAACUCGGUAAGAAAUAGAUAACUUACUCCUUAAUUUAUUUCAAGCUUAAUCCAACGUAUACAUGUAAGGAAGUCAACGAGAGAGCAAGCCAUGUGAAGCGUACCUCCCUCGUUUUGGCUACUAACCCAUUCUUUAUUACCUACAAUCAUAUGAUUUUCAUAUUCAAAUUGAUUAAUUUUUCUAAAAAAUAUUAUCUUUGAUGGACAGUUGGACGUACUUACAAAAAUUAUUAGUUAUGAAUAAUAAAAGUGCAACGUUAUUAGCGUGCGAGUGUCAUUUGAUAACCCUUACUUUGAAUUUUCGAUCAGUUAAAUAUUUACAAACUCUGCAUAUAUAUACGAUAUAUCCCCAUCAAUGAAAAGUAUAGAGUAAAGAAAACCAAUCAAAAGGCUUUGGUACGGUAAGAAACUCCUUGUUCUCUUCUACCUCUUCUUCUUCUGUCUUUUUAGUUUUCAAAUAUAGAUAGAAUUUUUGUUUUCUUUUUGCCAAGAUGGGUUUAUCGUUGAGAACGUGGGUGGCAAGUAUACUCCUCCUUACACAUCUCGUCCAUGGAGCUCUUGGUUGGGGAGUCGAUGGUCAUUACGCUGUCUGCAAAAUAGCUCAGAGCUAUUUUGAGGAAAAAACUCUAGUUGCAGUGAAGAAAAUUCUGCCUGCAUAUGCAAAUGGUGAACUAGCAGCUGUUUGCUCAUGGCCUGAUGAGAUCAAACGCCGCCCUGAGUGGAGCUGGACUUACGCUUUGCAUUUUGUUAACACACCUGAUAACGAAUGCAACUAUGAGUAUUCUCGUGUUUUUCUGUUCUUGCAAAUAUUCAUUCGCGUUUCUGUUUGCUUUUUAUGUGAAGGGGACUGCCAUAAUGACAAGUGCGUGACAGGAGCAAUCUUCAAUUACACAAGCCAAUUAAUGUUUCAAUUCCACUAUAACUUGACAGAAGCUCUCAUGUUCGUAUCACACUUUAUGGGAGAUAUCCAUCAGCCCUUGCAUGAAGGUUUUGUUGGAGAUCAAGGUGGUAACAAAAUCAAACUCAAUUGGUACGAACAAGAAACUAAUUUGCACCGUGUGUGGGAUAACAAGAUAAUUGAGUCUGCUCAAGAGAAAUACUACAAUUCAAGCCUUUCAGUCAUGAUUCAUUCCCUUCAACACAAACUCAAGUACGCCUGGUCAAAUGAUGUUCCGUCAUGGGAGUCAUGUCCACCUCACGAAACAGCGUGCCCAAAUCCGUAAGCAUCCCUAUCUCUAAAAGGGGGUACAUAGCAAAGCAAUUAUAGUUUUGUUUUAGCUGCCAUAUCUUUCUUUCUUUUCUAGAUCACCAUGCAUUAAUGUUUAUUAUGUGUGUUCUUGGUGUUGUCAGAUAUGCUUCUGAAAGCAUUGACCUUGCCUGUAAGUAUGCUUACAAGGACGCUGCCCCAGGGACUACACUAGGAGGUAUACUAACUCUCUGAGCAUUAGAAAAGAUGAUUCACUAUGAAACAAGAUCAUCUUAGCGUUUCUAAUAUGCAAUGAUGUUCUGAUUUCUCUCACAUUUUCUGCAGAUGACUACUUCCUCUCUCGGCUGCCCAUUGUAGAGAAGAGAAUUGCACAAGGCGGGAUUCGCUUGGCAGCGACUCUAAACCGAAUCUUUUCUCCCAAACCGAGUCUCGCUGCCGCAUGAAAUUAAGACUCUCAUUAAGGCUAUGUGAUGAUUGCUAUUGUUCUGAAUUUUUAUUUUAAUAAUUAGUAACCUAAACUAUCAUGUAUUAGCUAAGGUUAUGUUAUAGCUUCUAUUGUUCUGAAUUUUUAUUUUAAUAAUAAGUAGUACUAACCUAAACUAUAAUGUAUUAGCUAAGGUUAUGUUAUAGCAGGCUAUUGUUCUGCUAUUGUUCUGAGUUUAAAAUACGUAGUAACCUAAACUCAGGCUAUUGUUCUGAGUUUAAAACUAUAUCAAACGGUAAACGAAAAUAUCUACAUUUACAUAGAACAAGAGGAUAAUAGAAGCAAAUGCAAUUAGCAUGCAUCAAGUAACUUGCAAAUAACUGCAUAUUAUACUGAAGCUGCAAACCUUGAUCACAA